AUGUCGCCGUCAACACCCAACCCUCUCCCACCCUACAUCUACAAGAUCCUGCCCUCGUCCGCCGCCCCGCCGCACCCGCUCCCCGUCUCCCUGCCCCUCGCGGCCCUCGACUCCUCGGCACGCUCCGGCACUUCUUCCCGUCCGAGCGGCACGUCUACUACUACGUACGUCCUGCGCAUCCCGUACGCGCGCGUCGCCGACCUCGUCGUCUGGGAGGACGCCGAGGGGCGGGCACCGGCUGGGGACGAGGGGCCCACGGGCUUCUUCCCGCACGUGUAUGCGAAUGCGGGGCCGGGGGAGGGGGAGGGGGGAGGGGGGAGGGGGGAGGGGGGAACGGGGCUUGAAGCUGGGGAGGGAAAGGAGGUGGAGAGUGGGGGCCUGUGGGAAAGGGGCGGUGGGAAUUGGACUACGCAUGCUUGGCCGUUUGGAGAGGACGCGCCCAGGGAGUGA